AUAUAUAUUGUUGUUAACCUCAUGCAUUCACUUCACUUCAAAGUUCAAAGCAUCCCAAAAUUGUGAUAGAUUGAGCCUUAAACUUUGUUUGUGCAAUGAAAACUCCAGUCCUUGAAUACCGCCUUUUCUUCUUCAUAUCCUCCUGCUUGCUGCUCCAAAUGGUGGCAGCCCAAGCCCCAGCCCAAUGCUUGAGCCAUCAGAAAAUGUUGUUGUUGCAGUUCCGCAGCAGCCUAGUGUUCGACUCAACAGCUUCAACCAAGCUUGCGCGCUGGAACCACAGCACAGACAACUGUUGUGUUUGGGCUGGGGUGGAAUGUGACACCUCAGGUCAUGUCAUCAGCUUGAUUCUCGACAAUGAAGGGAUUUUUACAAAUGGUAUUCACAGUUCAAGUGCUCUAUUCAGUCUUCAAUAUCUUGAGACCCUAAAUUUGGCUUCCAACGACUUCAAUUCCACUCCAAUUCCAGUUCAGAUCUAUAAUCUUACCAACUUGACAUACCUCAAUUUGUCAAAUGCUUGGUUUGAAGGGCUUAUCCCGAAUGGAAUAUCAAGACUCACAAGGUUGGUAACUCUUGACCUCUCAACUAAUCCCAGUUGGGAUUUUAAUCUUGAGAUUCCAAAUCUAAACCAAUUCUUUGAGAACUCGACUCAACUUGGACAUCUUUAUCUUGAUGGUGUUGAUCUUUCCAGUACAGUAGUACUUCCAAAAUUCUUAGCCAAUUUCUCAAACCUCAAGACCUUGAGCCUCAGUUUUUGUAAUCUACAGGGAUCAUUUCCUAGAGAGAUAUUUCUGAUACAUGGUUUACAGGAAUUGAAUUUGAAACACAAUUAUGAUCUUAGUGGUGGUUUCCCAUCAUUUCCCGAGAAUGGAUCACUUAGGAUGAUCUCAGUAGCUGACACUCAAUUUUCUGGUUCAUUGCCAGCAUCCAUUAGUAAUCUUAGCAACUUGUCUAGGAUCGAUCUCAGCAACUGCAGUUUCAGUGGAUCAAUUCCUUCUACCAUGGCACAACUUACGAGUCUCACUUAUGUGGAUUUCUCGUAUAACCACUUCACUGGCUCAGUCCCAAAUUUUCAAAGUUCAAAGCAUCCCAAAAUCUCCAAGACCAGGAUGCAGAGUUCGCAGGAACUGAUUCUGAUAACUCUAAGCUUCAACCUUCAGGUAUGAAUGCUGAGAUCAGUGAUUAUGGUGGUGAUACCUCUCAUUGCGUGCAUUUUUUUUUUUGUGUGUGUGUUAUUAUCAUCUGGACAAUAUUUAAGUGUAAUAACUUUUAAAGGUGUUGCAUGUUUUUGUGCUAUUUGUUUUAAUUAUUAAAAGUUUCAAAUCUAUCGUUUUGUGUUUGUAA